AUGCCACCUACCCCAGUUUCCAAGUGUACCAUCACAGACCUGGUCAUCAGCUCAGCUUGGAUGGUAGGAGCACAUCAGUACCAGCAGUGCGGAGACACCUGUGAUUUUGUGUGUUGGCCAUCUAGUACUAGAAAGAAUGGAGCAAAGCCAUUGAGAGAGAUACCAGAAGGGACAGCUUCCAGCCAAGAUGGAGUAAUAGGAACCAAACUAACAUGUGUUCCUGAAACAAGUAAAACGGGAGAAAAAUCUGUGCAACAAUGGUCUUUUAAGACUUCAGACCUCAGACGACGAAGGGACGGUGACAUCACACAAAAGGGAUAUGAAAAGAAGAGGUCAAAAUUAAUUGGAGCCUACCUUCCCCAGCCUCCGACAGCAAAUGGAGCUGCCGCGGUUCGGUGUAGACUACAGCCCAGUGAAGGCACGACGAGGAGAACGUUCCGCUCCGCCCACAUCGGGGUGUGCGACAUCCGAGAAGCCGCGGCCCGGGAGCGGGCGGCCAGCGCUGCGGGGAACCGGCCUCUCUUUUACUUUCGUUUCGGGGUGGACCAAGCUUUGCCACAAGAGCGCCGAGCUCCUGUCACUCCUUCCUCUGCUUCUCGAUACCACCGCAGACGGUCCUCAGGGUCACGAGAUGAGCGCUACCGGUCAGAUGUUCACACAGAGGCUGUUCAAGCAGCUCUUGCUAAACACAAAGAAAGGAAGAUGGCAGUGCCCAUGCCUUCCAAACGCAGAUCCCUUGUUGUACAGACUUCGAUGGAUGCCUAUACGCCUCCAGAUACCUCUUCUGGCUCAGAAGAUGAAGGCUCGGUGCAGGGUGAUUCCCAAGGAACCCCCACCUCCAGCCAAGGCAGCAUCAACAUGGAGCACUGGAUCAGCCAGGCCAUUCAUGGCUCCACCACGUCUACCACCUCCUCCUCGUCCACCCAGAGUGGAGGCAGCGGGGCUGCUCACAGGCUGGCUGACGUCAUGGCCCAGACACACAUAGAAAACCACUCUGCACCUCCCGAUGUAACCACGUACACCUCAGAGCACUCAAUACAAGUGGAGAGGCCACAGGGCUCAACGACCUCUCGGACAGCACCAAAGUAUGGCAAUGCCGAGCUCAUGGAGACGGGGGAUGGAGUACCUGUAAGUAGCCGGGUAUCAGCAAAAAUUCAGCAGCUUGUCAAUACCCUCAAACGACCUAAACGACCACCCUUACGAGAGUUCUUUGUGGAUGACUUUGAAGAAUUGUUAGAAGUUCAACAACCGGACCCAAACCAGCCAAAGCCAGAGGGAGCCCAGAUGCUGGCCAUGCGUGGAGAGCAGCUAGGGGUGGUCACGAAUUGGCCUCCCUCCUUAGAAGCUGCACUUCAGCGGUGGGGGACCAUCUCCCCAAAGGCGCCCUGCCUGACCACCAUGGAUACGAAUGGAAAACCCCUGUAUAUCCUUACCUACGGCAAACUAUGGACAAGAAGUAUGAAGGUGGCUUACAACAUUCUACAUAAAUUAGGUACAAAGCAAGAACCUAUGGUGCGACCUGGAGACAGGGUGGCGCUUGUGUUCCCUAACAAUGACCCUGCUGCAUUCAUGGUUGCGUUCUAUGGCUGCCUGCUGGCUGAAGUGGUCCCUGUGCCCAUCGAAGUGCCGCUCACAAGAAAGGAUGCAGGGAGUCAGCAGAUAGGUUUCUUGCUUGGAAGCUGUGGAGUUACUGUAGCCUUGACAAGUGACGCUUGCCACAAAGGGCUACCAAAAAGCCCAACAGGAGAGAUCCCGCAGUUCAAAGGUUGGCCAAAGCUUCUAUGGUUUGUCACAGAGUCCAAACACCUCUCUAAACCUCCUCGAGAUUGGUUCCCUCACAUUAAAGAUGCAAAUAACGACACUGCUUAUAUUGAGUACAAGACAUGUAAGGAUGGAAGCGUGCUUGGUGUGACUGUAACAAGGAUCGCACUGCUGACACACUGCCAGGCGCUCACACAGGCAUGCAGUUACACAGAAGCGGAAACCAUUGUGAAUGUGCUAGACUUCAAGAAGGACGUCGGGCUGUGGCACGGCAUCCUGACGAGCGUCAUGAACAUGAUGCAUGUGAUCAGCAUUCCUUACUCACUGAUGAAGGUGAACCCCCUUUCUUGGAUCCAGAAAGUCUGCCAGUACAAAGCAAAGGUGGCUUGCGUCAAAUCAAGGGAUAUGCAUUGGGCAUUGGUAGCACACAGAGAUCAAAGAGAUGUCAACCUAUCCUCUCUCCGCAUGUUAAUAGUGGCUGAUGGAGCAAAUCCCUGGUCUAUUUCUUCUUGUGACGCGUUUCUCAAUGUCUUCCAGAGUAAAGGCCUUCGGCAGGAGGUCAUCUGUCCUUGUGCCAGCUCCCCAGAAGCCCUCACUGUGGCUAUCCGCAGGCCUACAGAUGACAGCAACCAGCCACCAGGCCGGGGUGUGCUGUCCAUGCAUGGGCUGACCUACGGUGUCAUCCGUGUGGACUCAGAGGAGAAGCUAUCGGUGCUCACAGUACAGGAUGUCGGCCUCGUCAUGCCAGGAGCCAUCAUGUGCUCAGUGAAGCCAGAUGGGAUCCCUCAGCUGUGUAGGACAGAUGAAAUCGGAGAGCUGUGUGUGUGUGCAGUUGCAACGGGAACAUCAUACUACGGCCUCUCUGGCAUGACCAAGAACACCUUCGAGGUGUUUCCCAUGACGAGCUCAGGCGCUCCGAUCAGCGAGUACCCGUUCAUAAGGACAGGCUUGCUGGGGUUUGUUGGCCCUGGCGGGCUGGUUUUUGUGGUGGGUAAGAUGGAUGGACUGAUGGUGGUCAGUGGGCGCAGACACAAUGCCGAUGACAUCGUGGCAACAGCCUUGGCCGUGGAGCCCAUGAAAUUUGUCUACAGGGGAAGGAUAGCUGUGUUCUCUGUGACCGUCCUUCAUGAUGAGAGGAUAGUGAUUGUGGCGGAACAGAGGCCAGACUCCACGGAAGAAGACAGCUUCCAGUGGAUGAGCAGGGUGCUCCAGGCCAUUGACAGUAUACAUCAAGUUGGAGUUUAUUGCCUGGCCUUGGUACCAGCAAAUACCCUUCCCAAAACCCCACUUGGUGGGAUCCACUUGUCUGAAACAAAGCAGCUUUUCCUGGAGGGCUCACUGCACCCUUGCAAUGUCCUGAUGUGCCCCCACACCUGUGUCACGAACUUGCCAAAGCCUCGGCAGAAGCAACCAGAAAUUGGCCCUGCCUCUGUGAUGGUGGGAAACCUGGUGUCUGGAAAGAGGAUCGCCCAAGCGAGUGGCAGAGACCUGGGUCAGAUAGAGGACAAUGACCAGGCCCGGAAGUUCCUCUUCCUGUCUGAGGUCUUACAGUGGAGAGCACAGACCACCCCGGAUCACGUGCUGUACACACUGCUCAACUGCCGGGGCACAAUAGCCAACUCGCUGACGUGUGUCCAGCUUCACAAGCGUGCUGAGAAGAUAGCAGUGAUGCUGAUGGAGAGGGGCCACCUGCAGGAUGGAGACCAUGUAGCUUUGGUGUACCCGCCAGGAAUAGACCUCAUUGCAGCAUUUUAUGGUUGCCUGUACGCAGGCUGUGUGCCAAUAACCGUCCGACCUCCGCACCCACAGAACAUUGCCACAACGCUGCCUACUGUGAAGAUGAUCGUGGAGGUGAGUCGUUCUGCCUGUCUGAUGACAACACAGCUGAUCUGUAAGCUGUUGCGGUCCCGGGAGGCAGCGGCAGCUGUAGAUGUUAGGACGUGGCCCCUCAUACUGGACACAGAUGAUUUGCCAAAGAAGCGGCCUGCCCAGAUCUACAAACCUUCCAACCCAGACAUGCUGGCCUACCUUGACUUCAGUGUGUCCACAACCGGAAUGCUAGCUGGCGUAAAGAUGUCUCACGCAGCCACCAGUGCCUUUUGCCGAUCUAUUAAGCUGCAGUGUGAGCUUUACCCUUCUAGAGAAGUGGCCAUCUGUUUGGACCCUUACUGUGGACUUGGAUUUGUCCUCUGGUGCCUCUGCAGCGUUUACUCCGGGCACCAGUCCAUCCUGAUUCCACCUUCCGAACUGGAGACCAACCCGGCCUUGUGGCUGCUGGCUGUGAGCCAGUACAAAGUCCGGGACACAUUCUGCUCUUACUCGGUGAUGGAGCUGUGUACCAAGGGGCUGGGCUCACAGACAGAAUCCCUGAAGGCCCGAGGACUGGACUUGUCGAGAGUAAGGACCUGCGUGGUUGUGGCCGAAGAACGGCCUCGAAUUGCGCUCACACAGUCAUUUUCCAAGCUGUUCAAAGACCUGGGCCUCCAUCCGCGGGCGGUCAGCACUUCGUUUGGCUGUAGAGUGAACCUGGCAAUUUGCUUGCAGCCCCACAGGCUGUGGACCCUGGCUGAGCAGGGAACCUCGGGACCUGACCCUACCACUGUCUAUGUUGACAUGAGGGCCCUGAGACAUGACAGAGUCCGGCUAGUAGAAAGAGGAUCUCCUCAUAGCCUGCCCCUGAUGGAGUCGGGAAAAAUACUUCCUGGGGUUCGGAUCAUCAUUGCCAAUCCUGAAACAAAAGGACCCCUGGGGGACUCGCACCUGGGAGAGAUCUGGGUUCACAGCGCGCACAACGCCAGUGGUUAUUUUACCAUUUAUGGAGAUGAAUCCCUGCAGUCAGAUCACUUCAACUCUCGGUUAAGUUUUGGAGACACGCAGACCAUCUGGGCGCGGACGGGCUACCUGGGGUUCCUGAGGAGAACCGAGCUCACAGAUGCAAAUGGAGAGCGCCAUGAUGCCCUGUAUGUGGUGGGGGCACUGGACGAAGCCAUGGAGCUGCGAGGGAUGAGGUACCACCCCAUAGACAUCGAGACCUCGGUCAUCAGAGCCCACAAAAGUGUCACAGAAUGCGCUGUGUUCACCUGGACAAAUUUGCUGGUGGUUGUGGUGGAGCUUGAUGGGUCAGAACAAGAAGCCUUGGACCUGGUUCCGCUGGUGACCAACGUGGUCCUGGAAGAGCACUACCUGAUUGUGGGCGUCGUGGUCGUGGUGGACAUCGGGGUCAUUCCCAUCAACUCCCGCGGGGAGAAACAGCGCAUGCACCUCCGGGAUGGGUUUUUGGCAGACCAGCUGGACCCCAUCUAUGUGGCCUACAACAUGUAGACUCGUCUCUGGCUUCCCCAGACUCCUCCGGGGAUGUAAACCUUGCUCUCGGAGUCCACUGAACCAUGCACACGCAAGGGCCACAGUCGCCAGCUCGGAGCCUGUUGUGGGAUCGGGGGAGGACGACGUCACACAGCAGUCACCCUGGUGCGGAGAUGAGAUGUGAAUUCACUGCUGGACCGUGCUCAGAAGGACUUUGGGUUACGCCUUCACUCUGUUGGAAAAGCUCAUUUCAAAAACUUCUUUCUUCCUUUUUUUUUUAAUUAUUGGAUAAUAAGUGCUCUCUUCGUAAAUGUGGUAUUUUGUUAAGCCGAAAUAGCAAUUAAAAAAUACUCUGCCCUCCAGAUGGGUUCUUUUAAACAAUUUAUGUAGUGUGACAAAGAAUUGUUUUCUCUGUUUUAAUGUGUCAUGAAAUCUUAAUGACAUGGAUCUGUUACUAAUUUAAGCCAUUGCUAGAUCUUACCCUUCUGGAACAUGUAUUGAGGUACGAGAAAACCAUCCAGAUAGCACUGUCCCGUUAGAUUUUAGCAGCUUUCUUUGUCAGAAAUGUGCUGAAGAGACAAAGGCCAAUCUAUGGCCUUUGAAGUUAGCGUAGGAUGAGAAGAAAUUAUAAAUAAGGUGUAUUUCGGCAGUUAUCUUGCAAAUAUCUUUGUACUAAACUAAAAAGAUAAAAAUAAGUUAACUUCCUCAAUAUGUAAUUAUGUACAAAAUGUUUAAUUUAUUUUGAUCUCUUUAGAAGUAUAAAAGAGAAAAAACAUUCAAGAAUAUUAAAGUCUUGUAAUGUUUGCUAAUAUAAAAAAGUGUUGUAUUAUCUUGCGUGGAUAGUAUCACAACAAAUAUAUAUAUAUGAAAUAUAAAUUCACUAAUGAAAAACAGGAGAUUUUAAAGUUUAAAUGCAGAACUUGUCACUUGCAUGGUGCACCCUCCACUGAACUCACUCAACGCUGCUGUCGCGAGCAAUCACAGAUGCCAGUAGCCCCGUCUCGGAGUUUCUUCUAGAGCCAGAGGCCGGCAGGUGGGAUCACUGCCACCUCAGCAAUGGUGAAGGGAUUUUAAGCUCAGUGUGCACUAAUUUUUCCUUCGCUGUGCUGACGUCAGUGAAUGCAUUAACACCAGCUUGUGCUGAUGCCGCGCAGGGGGCGCCAGGCUGGCAAAGAUCACUUGUUUCCUUAGCUGCAAGAAUUCUCUGUACCACGUUUUUCAGCCUUAUAGUGUCACCUUUUUUGGUCAUUGGUAUGACAAGAGAUGCUAUUCUGUGGCCACCCCCACCCCAGGUUGCAUUUAUUCCCCCUCAGAUGGUCACUGCGUGCGUGGACAGAAAGUCCAGACAGCUUUAAGGGAAAAGCCUCGCAAGUGCUGUCCCCUUAUGUGAGACCCAGCCGGCUCUGUGAACCUCUGGUGUCCGGGGUUUCCUAGCUGAGCUCUAAGCAAACCCUGCCCCUCCCGGGGUCCGGGAAUCACAACGGAGCAAAUCCUCGCAGCUGCACUUGUACCCCUGUGCAUGGACAGGUCUCUGGUUUGUCUUUCGCUGCUCGCACACCUCCUAAUUUGCAGAGCUCAUCUGUGCAUUGCUAAAGUGAAUUGGCCUGUCCGUAUCCAACCAAGGAGGGAUCAGCAAAUCAGGAUGGAUUUCUUAUUUUAUAGUUGCCCCCAGUAGGAUCCUGCAGUGGCUCUCGGUACUAGAUAUGCAUGACUAAGAUUGUUGCUGGGCAAAAUUUAGAUUCUUUUUUAUUAUUAUAUUCUAGGCAGUGUCUUUGUCUGCCCUUGUUAUAUGCAGCCGGCAGUAAGCCCUUUGCUGAAAGAGUUUUGUUUGACUUCUGAGAUCCAAGGCUGAUUGUUUUUUUUAAAAAAUUAAGUGGCACGUUUUUUAAAAAACUUUUCUGCAUAUUUGGAGCAUCCUUCCAUCUCCACAGAUGAUUUGAUUUUGAAAACAUUGUUUGCCCAUUGCUGUGUACGUGUGUUCCUCUACGUGCUUCAGAUACACACUCCUACAGUUUUCUGCUUCCUAAGGGGGGAAAAACUACGGCGUACAGGAAACAAAAGACAUCUUACUACAUUCACAUAUCUCAUUGAAGGGGGAAGUAGAUUUGAGAUUUCAGAAAGGAUACAGAUUCCGAAACGAAAUCACAGCCGCAGGAAAACAGUGUGAGGUCUAGCUGAUGUCGGGAAACAAAACAAAAAAAGAAUCAGAUGUCCCCUCAAACAUUGUAACUUCCACCGUAUCAACUUCAAUCCCAGGAGGGCAAACGCUGCAGGAAAGCGGCCAGUAGCAAGUCUCCUCUGCGUCCUGUCGUCUCUGAGUUUAGGUUCAGAAGACUCGGUGGGCUGGCAUGGAAGUUUGUGCAAGUAGGAAGGAGACACUUAAGUACCACCAGUUUCAGCAAUAAAGAAGGAUCGUUCUGUAUUAGAAAUUGUACUGUAGAUAAAUCAUUCAUGAGAAUGUAAAAAAAAAAAAA